AAUGUUUCUGUAAGUGUCUUUACUUUGAUAAAGACACUGCUAAACUUUACGUCCUAUUGUUUACACCAAAAUAACCCCAAAUCUAAAUAUUGGUGCAAGAAUGAAUAAUUCAUCUAUAUCAGAGAUUUUAAAGCCGUUCAAAAAACUUGCAGUCAUAUUGUCAGGUUAAAAAACUUGGGGCUUCCCCUCGAGUUAACCUGCUAAUACACUCCUGCUCGUUUUUAAACAGUACAUAACAACUGUUACACCUCGUAAACAAGAGUUAUGUAUCUAAAUUUAUUUUUCUCAUUUUCAGUCCGCAACUACACGCGACUUGAAGAUAUAAGGGAUGAUUUACUGUCAGGGGUGGUGAAAGGUGCCUUAGUUGACACUUAUGUAGCAGCAGCAAGAAAAGAUAUUUUUGACCAUGAAUCAUUAGCAGUUCAUAAGGUAAACAAUGAAUACUCCACACUUUUAUACUACGCCAUCUUUAUCCUAGCCUAAAUUUAAUUUCACAUAAACUUCAACUUAACCCAUUUGAUGACUGCACAUGGUCCUCAAGUACUAGUCAUACUGAAGAGCUCUUGUUACGGCCAAAAUGGAACAUCAACGGAGUUAUAAAGUAAGAAAUGUUUAAAUCAGAUGUAACAAAAUUUAAACGCAAAAUGAAAGUCCUGUGUUUGGAAACUCUCUUUAACUAUUACCUCUUGUAAGCAGCUGCAUCCCAGACCAUUUUCUGGGCUGACGGUUUUCAACUUAUCCACUGUUCAGAACCUCUUUCAAGCAAAUACCUGACACCGUGGUACUGCUUGGAUUGUAUUUUAGAACUUGUGUACAAAAAAUCUUCUUCUAACAAGUCAAUGUGUCAGACCUUUGUUCGGCAGAAACCCCUGUGGUUCAACUAAACCAAGUGACCACCUCCCAAAAGCAGCCACUGGAUCCACUGGUGGAUCCAGGGGAGGGGCCUGGGCCCCUCCCCCAUAUUUUUAGCCCAAGUUGAGGCUCGAAGGGCUGAAAAAAAUUUUUUUGGGACCGCCACCACCCCAUCUUAUCUCAGGGUCUAGAUGACCGGGCCCCCUCCGCCAUCCAGCAAGGAACAGUAGACGGCCCAGUUCUCCGCCAAAAUUUUCCACAAACUCGCAUAAGUAUUGGUCACUUACAGAGGUUCAAGACUUUAUCUAUUUUGUGCCUCAUUAUGUAGUUCACCCAUCACUUUUCCCUGUCAGAUGCACUCUUUACGAGGCACUCCAGGUGCACAAGUUGUAACUGUUCUCAUUGUUUUUUCAGCUUAUAGACUAUCGAUCUUCUUUUGGCAUUGUUCUGGGAGGUAAUUCUGUAAGACUGCAACACUGUUUUGUGGAUUAUCUUAAGCAGGAAAGAUCUUUUUUAUCAAGUCUCAUUGACAAUUAUACUGAAACAUUACAGGUAGGAAGAACUUCAAACUUGGAAAGCAAUAGAAUGCGAUAACUAACAUAAGCAAACUGGCAUAAAAAGCACAUAGCCUGUUGUCUGGUAGUUAGUUCAUCGUGCUCUUGUGUCAGGAAUCAGGAGUUUGCAUGAGAAUAAAAAAUAAUUUUCAUACAAAUGGCUUCACAUUUUCAAACUGAGGCUUGGGUAACUCGGGAAUGGCCUAUAGAUUUAAUUACCAGCUGUGGUUUGGGAAAUGAGCUCACGCUUCCCUUUCCCUCAGGGGAACAAGAGCGGGUCCGAAGGAGCAGUGGUAGCCUGCGAAAACAUCCGUUUCUCCUCGCUCUUCGCCGCUGGGGACGUUUCGUGAGGAGGAACGUCUGCGACUCCCCGCGAAACGUCCCCAGCGGCGAAGAGCGAGGAGAAACGGAUGUUUUCGCAGGCUAGAGCAGUGGAAAUAGAGUCUAGAAACCUGAAAAAACACUCAAUACUUGAUUUUGGAAUAUUACACUGUACAUGGAAAUUUGAAAGACGACUUUAACGGCUCUACAUGAUCUAUUUUAGCCUUCAACGGCCUCUAGAGCUGAGCAAGAAGCAACAGGGCUCUUUGAUAGUUCAGAUGAUGUCUACAAGGUGAAUGUGAUUGUUUUAUCAGUCAUACUGACUGCUGCUGUGUUAUGUGGAGUGGUUUAUGAGCUCUGUAGAAGAAGAAUGAACAGAGGUAACUUAUCAACAGUUAAUGUUUGUGCUUUUAACAGUGAAAAAAAUUCAUUGGCAUGAUGUAUUUGUCAUAGAAAUUACCUCAUUUUGUUGUAAUACACACUUAUACUGGUAAUUUGACAAGUAUAUGGGUAGUCAUGUUACUUGACAACUGAGUCAACAAAGAGUUACCUCCAGAGAGAAAAUCAAAGUGCUACAAAAAGCUUAUAAAACCAACUGAGAGUUAACCCUGGUGGAGAGAACUGGGGAACAACAUGAGGUGAAGAAAAUUGUUUGACCUUGGUGGGAUUCGAACAAACCAUGACUUUGGUGGAUUAUAUCUACUGUUGCUUUACCGACUAAGUUACGAACCCUGAUGGUGGCAAGUAGUGUGUAAUUAAGGUCAGAAUUGGUUAAAGUCAAAAUUGAAUAAAAGUGCCAAAUUUCAUUUUUUAAAGUGCUGAGAAAAAAAAAAUGGUGUCACGUGAAAGUACUACCAAGGAGGUUUCUUUUGAAUGGUAACACCACAGGAUUUCAUCUAUACAGUCAAAAGUUAAUCCUUCCUUAGUGUACUUUAUCAUUUACUCUGGCGAAAAAAGUUUUUAUCUGCCAUCUAGCUUGGCAGGUGCAAAUUCAGGAAAAAUUGCAGUUGCAAACUGUUUAAGUGAGUGUCAAAUGUUUGUGUUAAUAUGUACAGAUUACUUGAAUAAACUGCUAACUGAUAUUUCUUUUUGCAAUUGAGAAGUAGAGGAUAAAGAAAUUCGUUUAAUGCUGACCAGAAAGGAGGAGCUGAUCCAAGAGAUGAGAGUUUUACUGGCAGAAUUCUACAGUAAUAUGAACAGACAGUACAUAAAACUGAGUGCAAGACAUGGACAAGAGCGGAAAGUAGUGCUGGAUACGAUGAUGACGGAGAUAAAAUCAUUACCACCUCAGGAGAGGAGAAAAAGAGCUAAUUUGCAUGAGGAAGAACAGAAAUCUUGGGAAUGCAAGGAUAAUAAACUGUAUUUAGACGAUACCAGU